AUGUCUACAGUAGAUUCGUUGUUGCUGCCUAUUAUGAAUAGUAACAAUAGCAAUAGCAUCCAUGCGAACAGUAGAUUCCAAGAUUUCAAUUACCGCCAUCAUCAGCAUCAGUUUUUGUUAUCACCUAGCACAAGUAAUUCAAUUAUAAAAAAUGGAAUUUCAGCCUAUACGAAUAACAACAAUUCAAGCACGUUGUCCAGCAUUGUUCCUGGCGAAGAAAUAUCUACCAUCUUUGUAGUGGGGUUUCCAGAGAACAUGCAAGAGCGUGAAUUCCAAAACAUGUUUAUCUUUUCCCCUGGAUUCGAAGCCGCCACAUUGAAAUUGCCACCAACUAGCUUGAACAGCAGCAAGCAUGAUUUUGAAGACGAUUCAAAUCGCAAACAAAUUAUUGGAUUUGCUAAAUUUCGAACUCGUCAAGAAGCACUCGAUGCCAAAGAAGUUUUGAAUGGCAAAAAGAUUGAUAGCGAUAAAGUUUUGAAGGCAGAAAUGGCCAAAAAAAACUUGCACACCAAAAGAGGUCUUUUACAUGAACCAAGCACCAGCACUACCAAAUCGCUUUAUGAAGCAUUUCACUCCGUUCCUAUUAACGAGUUCUCGCCAUCCACAUCACCGACGCAUAGUUAUAUAGCAGCAUCUAAUCAACAACAACAGCAACAAUCGCAACAUCAAUCACCAUCAUAUCAUAUUCAUCCACAGCAGCACCAACAACCACAGCAUAGUAUAUUCGGCAUAAUGGGUAAUCAAUUCACCACCAAUCAUAGCACUUCCAUUUACCCUGCACAUUCAUCCUCUUCAUUGCUCUCAUCCAUGAGUCCAUCACUUCAAAAAGAAGAUGUAUUGGCGUCUCAGCUACUACAAAAGCUAGUAUUAUCUACAUCAUUGCCCAUGCCAACAAGCUCCAUUUCUACAAACAACGUAGAUCAGAAUCCGCCUUGCAAUACGCUGUACGUCGGUAAUUUGCCUGCCAACACCAAUGAAGACGAACUUCGACAGUUAUUCACGCAUUGUUUGGGAUACAAACGCUGCUCCUUCCGCGUCAAAUCAAAUGGACCCAUGUGCUUUGUUGAAUUUGAUGAUUUGAAAUACGCAGCCUUGGCCCUGAAAGAGAUGCAAGGUAUCCCACUCAGCAAUUCUGUUAAAGGUGGAAUACGUCUUUCGUAUAGUAAGAAUCCACUGGGAGUGCGUCAAAACAUGGCAUAG